AUGCUGGAACGAAGGGCGUUGCUAUGGCAACGGGAGGCAGGACCGGGGGGGGGGAGCCAGGCCCGAGCUGGGGCCGGGGGGGCUGGCGGUGGCUGUGGCGGGGCGAUGGCGGAGCGCGGCCCGGCCUUCUGCGGCCUCUACGACACAUCCUCCCUGCUUCAAUACUGCAACGAUGACAAUUUGUCGGGCACGAGCGGGAUGGAGGUGGACGACCGCGUGUCGGCGCUGGAGCAGCGGCUGCAGCUGCAGGAAGACGAGCUGGCGGUCCUAAAGGCCGCGCUGGCUGACGCGCUGCGUCGCCUGCGGGCAUGCGAGGAGCAAGGCGCUGCUCUGCGCGCGCGGGGCACCCCCAAGGGCCGGGCGCCUCCGCGCCUAGGCACCACAGCCUCGGUGUGUCAGCUCUUGAAAGGCCUUCCCACUAGGACGCCCCUCAAUGGCUCGGGACCCCCGCGGCGCGUGGGCGGCUAUGCCACGUCCCCAUCCUCCCCCAAAAAGGAGGCGACCUCCGGGCGCAGUGCCCGCCGCUACUUGUCACCAGAGCGCCUCGCCUCAGUGCGCCGCGAGGACCCCCGCAGCCGCACCACAUCCUCCAGCAGCAAUUGUAGCGCCAAAAAGGAAGGCAAAACCAAAGAAGUUAUCUUCAGCAUGGAGGAGGGCUCCGUGAAAAUGUUCCUGAGGGGCCGCCCUGUGCUCAUGCUGAUCCCCGACGAGCUGGCACCCAGCUACAGCCUGGAUACACGCUCCGAGCUGCCUUCCCGCCGUCUCAAGCUGGACUGGGUCUAUGGCUACCGUGGCCGAGACUGCCGGGCCAACCUUUACCUGCUGCCCACGGGGGAGAUAGUGUACUUCGUGGCCUCUGUGGCUGUGCUAUACAGUGUGGAGGAGCAGAGGCAGCGGCACUACCUGGGACACAAUGAUGACAUCAAGUGCCUGGCUGUCCACCCUGAUAUGGUCACCAUCGCCACUGGACAGGUGGCAGGCACCACUAAGGAGGGGAAGCCACUGCCGCCCCACGUGCGCGUCUGGGACUCCGUUUCCCUCUCCACCUUACACGUACUGGGCCUGGGGGUGUUUGACAGAGCUGUGUGCUGUGUGGGCUUUUCCAAAUCUAAUGGGGGCAACCUCCUCUGUGCGGUAGAUGAGUCCAACGAUCACAUGCUUUCUGUGUGGGACUGGGCCAAGGAGACCAAGGUGGUAGAUGUCAAGUGCUCCAAUGAGGCCGUGCUGGUGGCCACCUUCCACCCCACAGACCCCACCGUGCUCAUCACCUGCGGGAAAUCCCACAUCUACUUCUGGAACCUAGAAGGAGGUGGCAUGAGCAAACGGCAGGGCCUCUUUGAGAAACACGAGAAACCGAAGUACGUGCUGUGUGUGACCUUUUUGGAGGGUGGCGAUGUGGUCACCGGGGACUCUGGGGGGAACCUCUAUGUCUGGGGCAAAGGUGGGAACCGUAUCACACAGGCCCUGCUGGGUGUCCACGAUGGCGGCGUGUUUGGGCUCUGCGCCCUGCGGGACGGGACGCUGGUGUCAGGAGGGGGCCGCGAUCGGCGGGUGAUCCUCUGGGGUUCCGACUACAGCAAGCUGCAGGAGGCGGAGGUCCCCGAGGACUUCGGCCCCGUGCGGACCAUAGCGGAGGGCCGGGGUGACACGCUGUACGUGGGGACCACCCGCAACUCCAUCCUGCAGGGCUCUGUCCACACUGGCUUCUCGCUGCUCAUCCAGGGCCACGUGGAAGAGCUAUGGGGCCUGGCCACACACCCCAGCCGGGGACAAUUUGUGACAUGUGGUCAGGAUAAGUUGGUGCAUCUGUGGAGCGUGGAGUCCCACCAGCCCCUGUGGAGUAGGAUCAUCGAGGACCCGGCCUACUCUGCUGGCUUCCACCCCAGUGGCUGUGUCCUGGCCAUUGGCACGGCGACUGGCAGAUGGCUGCUGCUGGACACGGAGACCCAUGACCUGGUGGCCAUCCAUACAGAUGGGAAUGAACAGAUCUCAGUGGUCAGCUUCUCUCCAGACGGGGCGUACCUGGCCGUGGGCUCCCACGACAACUUGGUGUACCUGUACACGGUGGACCAGGGCGGCCGCAAGGUCAGCCGCCUGGGCAAGUGCUCGGGCCAUUCCAGUUUUAUCACCCACCUGGAUUGGGCCCAGGACAGCAGCUGCUUCGUCACCAACUCUGGGGACUACGAGAUUCUGUACUGGGACCCAGCUACCUGUAAGCAGAUCAUUACUGCAGAUGCUGUGAGGAACGUGGAAUGGGCCACGGCUACCUGUGUCCUGGGUUUUGGCGUGUUUGGGAUCUGGUCUGAGGGAGCAGAUGGUACUGACAUCAAUGCCGUGGCCCGUUCCCAUGAUGGGAAGUUGCUGGCUUCAGCUGAUGACUUUGGCAAAGUCCACCUGUUUAGCUACCCCUGCUGUCAGCCUCGAGCUCUCAGCCACAAAUACGGCGGACACAGCAGCCAUGUGACAAAUGUGGCCUUCUUGUGGGAUGACAGUGUGGCCCUGACCACAGGGGGCAAGGACACCAGCGUGCUGCAGUGGCGGGUGGUCUGAACUGGCAGGUGGGGGGGUUCCCAGGAACAUGGGGCCCAGGUAGAGUCAGGUGGCAGUAUUGGAAUUCUAUUUUCGGGAGAUGUCUAUUGCCGAGUAGAGUAAUAUAUACCCAGAGUAUGUCUAUAGCAAAGGGGGUUAUGGGGGUGGGAGGGUGGACUGACAGACAGAAGUCUCUAUUUAUUGGGGUGGGAAAAGGGGUCACAUUGCUUUGGGGGAGCCAUUAGGGUGUUUGGUUUGGGGUGUUUUUUAAGUUUAUUAUUUUAUAUCAUCCGGAAAUAAAAACACGUGCACUGAG